AUGGUCGUUGUCGAGAAGGAUGAUUUUGAUGAUGCGAUAAGAUCUCUGUUGCAGAACGGCUUUCGUGAUGCUCCUUGGUCUUACCGCUCUACAGCAGACCCGCGACUUUUUGAAGACGAGUUUAUGCAAAAUUUACAUCGAGAAGUCGCGCUUGAGUACAGCAGCAUCGACAAGAAUUCUGCGCGCUUUUUGUUUCCAACAGAAAGCAACAUUGCAGAGAGGGCCGUUUUGGUGCCGUCAUCGUACGCUCAUAUCAGCCUUACGGAUACACCAAAGUCUAGAUUCACUUGCGUGGACGGUAUUUACUACCCAGAUGGCAAGCUGCUCCUCGAGAGCUUCGCGAAAACCUGCAUGAGAGAGCCAGAAAUUGACAGCUAG